AGAAGAGGAUCUUUCGAGCGAUCAGCGAUGCUUCCUCCAAAGAUCCGAUCCAAGAGGGAUUGACAUUCAUUCACGGAUAAUCAGUCACUCAAUAGUCAAUGGCCUGCGCGCACUCGAUGCGAAGACCUCACGAUGACGGACCUACAGCAAAUCCACUUUUUGGAUCGUCACCGUGCAAAUGCCGAUGAUCUAACAAGAGGUCUCCUCAGUAUUACGCUUGCCCUUUACUACUCCUUGAAACAACACUCUCAUCAAGAUGCUCUCUCUUGUCGCACGUCGGUCCGCUGCUUCGGUAGUACGAAGUGUCGCCACUCGCUCCAUCAGCUCGACGGCGGUUCGAAUGGCGGACAUGACGCCCGGUGAAAAUGUGGUAAUCCCUUUGAUUGCCAACUCGUUGGAGUUUACUCUUUCGUCUCCUCCACCGCUGCAUCAGUUCCAAGAGCCUCCUCUCAUUGUCGAGACCGAGCACUUGGAGUUGUUCCCCGGAAAGGAAUGCGAAGAGAUCUUGGCCGAACAAGGACACCAAGUCACGGACAUUGUCGGAAAGGAAACCUGGGCCCAAAACGACGCCGCGAAAUACGAAGGAUUGAUCCCCCAGAAUGAAGAGUGGACCGAGUUUGUCGAUGAAAAGACUGGAGAAUGGGUCUACCUUGAUGAAUUUGGUGACAAGGUCGACAAACCCGCUGCUUAAAAACACUGUCAGCUGACUCUAUUGUUUCUGCUGGAAAUACAACAGCGGAUGGAUCAAAUGUAGUAUCUCGUUUGGAUGGGUUUCAUGCAUCAGUCUCGACAAUCAUCUACCUAAUAAGGUUAUUUAGGUUUAGUUUCUUGGUAGUGCUUGUAGCCUCCUCUAGUAUAUCAGUUUUAAUAAUUUUGUGGGUCUCACU